UCUGAACCAUUGCGUACGUCACUUUCACUAUCAGAAUUUCUUGUUUUGUAAAUCCCCUGCGAUCUAAAUAUUUUCUUUAAAAGUAGAAAAAUUGUCAUCGUAGAUACAAUUAAAAGCAGUUAUUGUAAUCAAAAUGGCUAGCAUACCUCUAAUGUAUGCUCAAGAAGACUGUGAAUUGGGAGGGAAGGAAAAUAUCGAGAAUGAUUUUGCCUAUCGCAAUAAUGUAUUGAAUGCUGGCAAGGAGAUCCGACUUGGUUUUAUCCGGAAAGUGUAUGGAUUACUCACAAUACAGCUGCUGGCGACAGUGGCUAUUGCUGCAGUAUUCCUGCUAGUGAAGCCUGUUCAAGGUUUUAUACAUGAAAAUGAUUGGAUGGUUAUGAUUGCAUUCGUUUUAAGCUUGAUAACACUGUUCGCUCUCAUCGCGAAGAGGAGGGACUAUCCCGUUAACUUGUAUCUACUUGCGGGUUUCACCGUAGUGCAAGCUUAUACCAUUGGUGUGGUAGUUUCCUACUACAACACCUUCGUGGUACUGCAAGCUUUGGGGCUCACAUUCGCUGUAGUAUUUGGUCUCACUCUAUACACUCUGAACACUAAACGCGACUUCUCGUUUGUUGGAUAUGGGCUAGUGGCAGGAUUGAGCGUUUUGAUCAUUGGAGGUUUUAUUCAAAUUUUCAUUCAGAGCUCUGCAUUUGAAGUCGCUUUAUCGUUCACUGGGGCUAUUUUCUUUAGUCUUUUCCUCAUAUUCGACACACAGCAAAUGAUGACAACUCUGUCCCCAGAAGAAUAUAUCCUGGCAACUAUCAAUCUCUAUAUGGAUAUUCUGAAUCUGUUCUUGUACAUUUUGAGAAUUCUCAAUGAAUUGAACAGGAAUUAAACACCUUUUUAAAUGUGUUGUCAUCACAAAAAUUUAUAGUUCAGUAGUAAUUCUUUCUAAAUUUAAAUCAAAUAAUUUUGAAUUUAUUUAAGAAACAUUCCCGUUUUGGUAUUAUUAUUGUACUUACAUUAAACACACACAAAAUAUAUUUAAUAUGUGCACAGUGUGUUAGGCUUCGUUCACAGUAUUAUGUGCAUUUUAGCUCAAACUUCCCGAUUUUUUUUUGUGAAACAGAAGUAUAAUAGGCUGUGAAGCUAAUGUCAAAAAUGGUUAAAAAUGUAAUUUGUUUUAUUAUAACACGAAUGUAAAUAAAUGCCUAAUAAAUUUUAUUGACUUGUUCAA